AUGACGUUGACUCGAGACAAUUCAUUUGUAUCGAAUGCAUCAAAUGUAAGUUUAGUACCAGUUAUGGUCGAUUAUACCCUUUCGCAAAUAACUCCAUUUGUAUUUGUUACUGCGGAAGAAACAGCUCGGCAAUUUCCUACGAUAUUUUCCAAUGGCAUCGGUUGUGUUAUCAAUGUAGCAGAUGAACUUCCUCAGAUUGUAUUUCCUCCUCAAAGUGGCAUCGAAUCGUUGAAAUUUCCUAUUUUGGACCUGCCAGCAUUUCCAGCUAAUCAAUACUUUGAUGUCGUUGCCGAUCGUAUUGCUGCAAAUACAGCAGCAAAUCGACGAACACUUAUCUACUGUCAUCAUGGACGUUCACGAUCGAUCACGUUUAUCUUAGCGUAUUUAAUUAAACAUUAUCGUUUAUCAUUAUCGGAUGCAUAUACUUUGGUCAAACAGAGACGACAGAUAGCUUUGCCUAAUGUUGGCUUCUGGUCACAAUUGAGAAACUAUGAACUAUAUCAGCAACAACAACGAAUGAUUCCUUUACCAAUGAUGAGAUCUGCUGUGGAACCGAUGACAUAUGGUCAGCAUAUGCUCAUUAAACUUUCGGAUGGUGUUCAACGUGUCCUAGGUCAAGAUCCAUAUUCAUCAUCAUUUGCGCCGUCACAGGCACUCGCAGCACCAGCGAUUGUACAUAGAAAACCUCACUAUCACCAUAUACGACGAAAUCCAGUGCCUCACAUGUCUUUGUAUCAUCACCCCAAACUAACCAAACCGAUAAUUAUGUCUUUUGUUCAAGCAUUGAAACGUUUAAUUACAACGAACGAUUCAUCCUCAACUUCUGGAACAGCAACAGCAACUAACGAAACAAAUCAAGCUAUCCCAGAGAAUCUUGCACAUACUAAUCAUCUAUCUACAAAUGCUAACGGAUCACAAUCGACGAUAUCCCCGUCGAAAUCCAAUGAAAAUUUCAAACCACUCAGUCAAGGACUACAAAAGAGAUACGCGCGUGGAGUUCAGUAUAACAUGAAACUAGUCAUACGCGGUGAGUGUAAUACAGGCAAAUCAGUAUUAUGGUCACGUUUACAAGGUACACCAUUCAUUGAAGAUUAUGUUCCCUCAGACGAAAUUCGUGUUGCAACUAUUAAUUGGUCGUCACGCGUUUGUGGCGAUGCAAUUAUCAAAGUUGAAGUUUGGGAUGUGGUCGAUAAAUCGCGAAAGAAACGACGUCCCAUCAAUCCUUCGCUUAAACUAUCUAAUUCAAUCGAUGCUGCUGUCGCGGAAGUAUCGCUCGACGCGGAAUUUCUUGACGUUUAUAAAAGUACUGCAGGAGUUCUAAUGGUCUACGAUAUAACGAAACCGUGGACAUGGGAUUACAUUGAGAGAGAAAUUGUGAAAGUUCCAGCACACAUUCCAGUUCUGAUUAUUGGAAAUCAAUUGGAUAUGGGUCAUCAUCGGAAAGUGUCCACUGAUAAAUGUUUAAGUUUUAUUGAACAUCUCGAUAGGGGGACGAUGGGUUCUGUUGUUCGUUAUUGUGAAAGUUCACUGCGAAAUGGCUUUGGUCUUCAAUAUAUUCAUCAAUUUUUAAAUAUUCCAUUUUUACAAUUACAGCGCGAAUGUUUGCUCCAACAAUUACAAAUCAAUGCACGUGAUAUGGACGCAUCCAUCGAAGAAAUCGAUGCAUACUCACGCAGUUCAGAAAAUGAUUACAAUCUAUUCAUCGAGACACUCGCUAAUAAGCGUCGAACAAAACAAGAAGCGCUUGCUGGCGAUGUCGUAGCUAAAGCGAAACCGUUAGAAGAAGCUAAACGUAUUCACGAUGAAGCCGUUCAAGCGGCACUAUUAGCCGAGCAAUUACAACAGCAACAAUUUACAUCCAAACCGUUGAAUACAAUUGUACAGGCUAUUAAAAAGACGACGGAAACGCCCGUAGAUCCGAUUAAACCGACAUUAACUACUAAGCAGAAACCGCCUGUGGUUGCUGUACAACCAAUCGUUCAACAAGUUGUACCAAAAUCACCUAUUCAUGAUGAAUCAACCAAUAACAGUAUGGAAAAACAACAUCUACCAUCCGAUGAAUACUCUGAACCACAUCCAUCAUCGAAUCCAUUGGUGGCAUCUACUGUUGAUGAUUUUGUACCUGAUGAUAACGAUUACGAAACAUUUCUUGUUGAUGAUAAUGUCUCUCCGCAACAGCAUUUAUCAGCUGAUCCAUUUAAUCGGUCAACGGCAACAAAACUAUCGACUACGGAUGAUGAAAAUGAACUGUCCGUCAAUCCAAUGGUAAAAGGUUUCCGCGAACAAUUAGAUUCCGACGAUGAGCAACAUCAGCAACCUGUUAUAACUAAUGAAUCUUAUGAUUUCGAACCCUCAUCGCCAACAAUUGAGCCCGUCUCUAAUCCAACAUCUCUACAAGCAUCACCUCCUCCACCACCUAUCUAUCAUCAAAUAUCAUCCGAUGAUCUCGAUUUUCUCGAUCAAUUAUCUUCGUCAAAACCCAAACACUUGACCAAUGAUACACCAACACCAGAUUCCCAAAGUAUUCACAGUGAUGCAAGUGCUACGAAACCGAAGAAAAAGAAGACGACAACGAAAUCGAAAAAAGAAGAAUCAAGCUCUACAACCGACACUACAAAAAUAAAAAAGAAAAAGAAAGCUUCAUCUACGAAAACAGCUAUUACUCCGGCAAUCGAAUCGACUAUUGAACAUAACGACGAAGACGAUUUAGAAUCAUUUCUGGCUGAUGGCUCAGGAACAGCAAAUCGUGUUUCAUGUGAUGCUUGCAUGAGAACGAAUUUUCCCGGUCGACGUUACAAAUGUUUAUUAUGUGAAAACUAUGAUCUUUGUGGAGCGUGCUAUGAUUUGGAAGCGGAAAGUCAAAACCAUAAAAAUACUCAUCCGAUGCAAUGUAUACUAACUGAAGCAGCAGCUGAGUUGUUCUAUUCUGGCGAAUCCACGCCCCGUCGUACAGCAGUAUCAUUGACAUGUCCACAUUGUGGAUUGUCCGGUUUUAUUCCACGAACAUUACUCACACAUUGCGUGGAAAAACAUUCAUCAACAUCUGUGCAAAACAAAAAUACCCAAGUUGUUAUGUGCCCAAUCUGUGUGACAUCACCAUCGCACGGUAAUCGAGCGCGGUUUGUUCUUCUUGCGGAUCAUAUUGCUACAGUCCAUGACGGCGGUGGUGAUGAAGAUGUGACACCUUCAUCGGCCGCAACUCAAUCUCGGCGUUGCGAAAAUGAAGAAGAAGACUCGGAUGAAGAUAAUGAAGAGGAAGAAGAAGAAGAGCCAUCUUUAUACGAUUCUGACCAUCGAGCAUUCAUUGAAGAGGAACAUCGACGCCAAGAAGCUGCUCGUCAAAGACUUGCCCAUGCCUCAUCGUUAGCAGCCGCUAGAAACGCUUAUACGGCGGCCUUUAGUGGAAAUACUAACGCACAACGACGUCCACUUUCAAGACAAACCGCAUUGCGAGGUUCAAGAGCAGGUCUACGAGGCUAUUUUAAUCAUUAUCCGUAUGGUGCUCUACCACGUACAACCACAGGAUUUGCUUCCAGUGCAUCACUUCGUAAUCCACAUGACACACCGAAUGGUACUAGCAAUCAAAAUACAGCAUUAAGUGAUCAAUAUGCCGCUCUCUUCUUCUCUCAAGACCCAAUGCUUGAAUUCGUUUCUCGACUUGUGAAUAAUCAACCAUCGUCGUCUACUCCAUCGAUUACUUCAUCCAACGGUCAAUUUCUUUUUGGACCACCAAUUCCUGUUCAUGUUCCAUCGUCGACAGUAGCCUCAGCUGAUUUCGCACGUAUGCAACAACAAAUCGAAAAUAAUGAAUCAAUGGUUCAAAUCAAAUCAACUCUACUAAACGCGAAACAAAAGCGAUCUAGUCACGCUCAACAACAGUCCUUAUCGUCGCAACCGGUCAUUAUUACACAUCCAUCGGGUUAUGAUUAUCAGCUAUGGCAACAGCAUUUUCCCGCCAUGCAACCAACGCAUAACAAUCCGAAUUUCUUAAAUGGAGCUAUUCCUCACGAUCCAACAGCAACAAUGAAUAGUAAUCUAAUCAAUACUUUAUCAAAAAACUCCCAACAGUCUUAUCGAGAGUAUGAUCCUCGAUCGCUGCUCGGCAAAAUCCUACGAAAUGAUCAUGAUGUAAAUAAAGAAGACACGAAUGAAAUUCGCCCACAACAAUAUCAAGAUCAUGUAUCAUUCUUUCAAUCGAUUCUUCUCUCGACAAUGUUAAUGAAUAUCAAUGAUGAAACGAGUCUAAAUCACUUAUAA